AAUUGACAUAACUUUUAUACAGGGUGGGGUAAAAAUGGUAAAAUACUUGCCAAACAGUUAUACAAUUGAAGAAAAACGCUGUGCAAGAGUGGUUGAAUGUGGAAGCUGUUUUAUUUAUGUUUCCAGAGAGUGGAUUACCUAUUUUAUCAUUAGAAGCUAUGCCUCAAACGAUACAACGAAAUAUAUUUUUUUUGUUAUCAAUGUCACUCUAUAUUGGUAUAAACUUUGGUAUAACUACAGUUCAUGGAGGCUCCCCAAUCCCAACAUUUGAAGAAGAAUUUUUUCCAAUACCCAAAGUAGAAGCUAAUAAUAUUGCUGACAAUAUAAUACGAGAAAAAAGAAGCACACAUAAGGCUGGUUUUUUUAAAACAUUAUUUUCAGUAAUUGGCGAGCAAUACACGGACACAAAAGACACUUUUAGUAAAGUGAGCAAUAUGAUUAAUGAUAAUUUUCUUCCCGAAAACGCACCAGUAACAGAAGCAGUCACUCUAUCAAGUGAAUUAAACCUGACCACAACAGCAGCGCCAUACAAAAUUAAGAGAAGCGAAUUUAAUAAAAUCAUUAGUAGAAAUUUGAGAGGAUUGGUACGAUUGUUCAAUAUUGAAUUGAAAGAUGCUUUAAAACAAUCUCGGAUAACAGAGGCAGAACACAAGAAAAACGUUUCCAAAGAAGUAUCUAAGUUUUUGUGAAAAACUCUAUUUUUGUACAAAAUGUAAAUACAAACUAAUAUAGUAGAUACUAAUGAUAAUUAGGGCCCCUAUUAUUAUUUAUUAUCACUUACCAAUUAGGUAAGUAAUCAACAAAAUGCAUUAUUGUAAUUGGGAAAUUACAGUUAGUAGAUGGUUUCCAAGCAAAAAUGCUGUCGUUUUCUAUAAAAAGGCCCUUGCGUGUAUUUUUAGCAAUAGCAGAAUUUUCUUCUAUUCUACCACAUAAAGAUUAUGGUGAGAAGAACAAAAUGGCCUUUAUAAUGUUGAUAAAAUCCAUAGUUUUUUCAUUAAUGAUUGUAAUCUUGACAAUACACAUAUUGCAAUAUCGUAUGGUUAACGUUCAUCCACACUUGAACAGUAUUUACGUCAUCGUGGAUAUUUUGAGAACAAUAAACAAUUUGGUAUCGAUAUUGAGCUAUUUUGUAAAUUGUAUACUCAAGAAUAAGCUCUGGAUAAAAUUAUAUAAAAUUACCAAUCAACUAAAAACUUCCACGCAAAAUAAAAAAGCCACGUUUUUAUUAAUAUCUCUAAUUUAUACUGGCCUAUGUGACAUUGCCCUGGUCGGCAUGUCUCUAGUGGAACUUGUAUGGAAUUUGUAUGAGCCAAUUUGUGCAUCCGAUAUCAUUUCAAGAAUAACUCAUAUCAUAUGCUUUUACUAUGAAAAUUCUAGUGCAGUCACCAUAUCAAUUUUCACCUACGCAAUCGAACAAAAAUUAGAACAAAUGCAUCAGAUUUUCAGGAAUUUACAUAAAAACCAGCUCUACUCGAUAACCCAAAUAAAAAUGGCUAAGAGACUAUACUUGUCUGCCACAGAUAUAAAUUGUUUGAUUAACAAUUUUUUUGGGUUCAAAAUUCUAAUAUGUUUUAUUAACGCGGCGACAAGACUUCUGUGGCUUUUGAUUACCGUCGUGCAAAUGUGGAACCCGGACAAAUUUAAAAAAAACUUGAAACUGGAUAUGUUACAGUUUAUUGUUACCGCAGUGUUUGGUCUACUUGGGAUGAUUCCCCCUUACUUAAUCACAAUGUCCUACGCAAAAAUCGCAACUGAACUAGACUAUUUACUCAUGAAUUGCUAUAAAUUAGAAGACAAAUUUCUACACGAAUCUUACGAACACAAAGAAAUCGAGUCGUUAUGGAGAUUUAUUUCAGAAAAUCGACUCAGAUUUACUGCUUUGGAUUUUUUCAGAAUCGAACCAUGGGCUCUGCUUGGAAUAAUCGCUUCUUCUACGACUUAUUUUAUAGCUUUAAUUCAGUUUAAUUAGGCAUCACUAGUAUAUUCAUAUUUAAAAUUAGUAAGAGUUAGGGCACAAAAUGGCGACGGGACCUCUAUUGUGACCACUGUUUGUAAAGGCUUAUUUAGUCACUGUAGGCAUCGCGAUUUGAGUAACAUAUUUAUAAGUUAAAUAAUCAAGAAUUUUAUUCUUCUAAGGGCCGGUUUAUUCAGCUUUUGAUAAACUAUCAGGUAUGCAAUCUGGUAAAAACUUAAUUUGUAAUUCCAUUGGUUGGUUAGUUAUCUAUCCACCAACCAAUCAGGAGCGGAUACAGGCCUAUUGAAAAGGGGGGGGGGGGCAGUUUAAGUUAAAGUAAGCAGAUUGGGUUUUGGUGUCUUUUUUUUUAUCUAUUGACACCCCACCUACAGCCUUUACCUUUACAGGUAAAAUAAAGGUGUAAAUACAAAAGUUGUACAGUUUUGGCAGUGGAUUGUUGCUGAACUUAUGGGUGCACCUUUGCGGGUUGAGCGCAGUGAAUUCCGCAGCCAUUUAUUCAUCAAUAUGUUGUUAGUCUAGGAAAAUAGUCGAAAAAUACAUGUAUUGCAAAAAAAAAAUUCCUACGCAAAUGAACUUUUCAGGGAUGAUAGGGGGCGGGUGGGUGAUCAUAAAACCGAAAAUAUCAAACAUUCACCCCUCUGGCGUUUUGCGCUAUAGGCGUUGGAAGUGCGCCAUUGGCGAUUACUUGGUACCUAUUGAUUUUACAAAAAAAUGUUUCAAAUAAAAGAUAUGCAACAUUAUUUUAUCUACAAUGUUUAUCUGAAGACUUUUUUGAUUGAGGGCCGUUUGUGGUCAUAAGGGCCGUUUGAAAUUUUAUAAUGAAAAUGAAAAAUUUUAACCAACGUGAAAAAACUUUCUAUAACACAUACAACAUUUUUGCUCCAUGAAGUUUUUACUCACCCUCUGCCGUUUUUCAAUAGGGGUAGUUUAAAAUUUAUUUAUUUUUUCACAAAAAAUUUCCCUAUAAAAGUUUUAUAAGAUUACAUUUCCUACAAUUUUUCCCAAUCAACUUUUUUUGUAACUCGCCC